AUGAGCCCGGUCAUUAGCAGCUCUUCGGUAGUACGAGGAGCUUUCUGGGCGGUUGGCAUUGCCGCUGUAAUUGCCUUCAUUUUCACAGUUUACCCUCUGGCUGCCAGAGUUCAACGCCGAAAUCAAGCUUCUCGCCCGGAUGGCAUCACCAUUGUUCAUGACCCGGCAAACGCCAAAUUUGAGAUCAUUGCCGUCCAUGGGUUGGGCGCACAUCCCAUAUACACCUGGGAAGGCAAACCCUCCACUGGCAGCCAUACGAAGCUUCAUUUGCUUAAAGAUCUUCUCGGAACAGACUUUCCAACUGCCAGAAUCCUAUCCUUUGCAUACAACUCCGAUUGGCUGGUCGAUGCUCCCGAGAAGACGGCGCAGCAAAUUGGCAAGAAGCUACUGGACAGCUUGGUCAAACAUCGGAGCGACUCGCAGCGCCUUCCCAUUAUCUUCAUAGGACACAGCUUCGGCGGUAUUGUCAUAAAAGAAGCUCUUUGUGCAUCGGAUGGGCCCUCGACUCUCCUCGAGGAUACAUGCGGCAUUGUCUUCCUUGGCACACCUCAUCAAGGAUCAUCACUAUCGACUGUGGGAGCUCUCCUGAGCCAGCUGACUGGAUUUUUGGGCUCCAAUACCAGUCUAAUUCUGGCCCUCAGAAGCCGCGGAAGUCACCUUUCAGAGUUGGAGGACAGAUUCAGGGUCGCUAUCAACAAUGCGGCUCUUCAAGGCAGAAUUAUAUCAUUUUAUGAAACGAGGCCUACAUUCAUGUUAGGUUGGUUUUCUGUCGGUCUUGUCGUCGAUCGAUUUUCAGCCACAGGAUAUGCGGCAAAGCCAGCAUACAUGGACACGGAUCAUUCUGGGCUGAAUAAAUUCAAUAGCUUUGAACAUUCCGGUUACCAAGCGCUCAAAGGAGUCAUCGAUAAGUUGCGGGUCAAGCCUCUGCUCGAACAGGCAGAUGACCAUAUGCGUGAGAAGCACUACACAAAACAGAUGCUCAAGAUCGAGCGGCUCUCAGGAGAUGUUCUAUCAAUGGAGCAGUGCUACAUCAACCUUGCUAUUGUGGAGCAAAUCAAUUCAAAAGGGGAUGAUUCAGUGCCGCGGUCCUCAUCCUUCUCAUUUUUUGCGCAGCAGAAAAUCGAGACAUCAGAGGCUCAGGUUGAGUUGGCUGACAUCUUCAGCCAGCGCGUAAAGUCAGAUGGCACGAAGAUCUUGCCUACAAGAAUUCUGAUCCGUGGGCGCGCUGGCGUCGGUAAGACCACAUUGUGCAAGAAGAUGGUCCAUGACUUUAUCAAACAGAAGUUGUGGGGUCACUUGUUUGACCGCGUGCUCUGGGUUCCUCUGCGGAACCUAAAGCAACGAGCAGGUACAGGUUACAAUCUCAAGAUACUGUUUGAUCACGAGUUUUUUCGGGUUUUCGAUGAACAUACGAAGGAUGAUUGCACACGCUUCGCGAAGGAAUUACACAAAGCACUGGCGCAUAACCGAACCCUCUUUAUCCUCGACGGCUGGGACGAAGUGGCUGGGACCGACAAGAAUAACGACAUGUUUCAUUUUCUGCGCCAGCUUCUCAGUCAACCCAACGUCAUCAUCACAUCACGACCGUCCGCGGUUCUUCCACACGGCAUCAAAGUCGACCUGGAGCUCGAGACGAUUGGGUUCAGCCCAGAGCAAGUGUCUGAGUACAUCACGAAAGCCCACGGAGGGAACGCGGAUGAGCUUCAAAAUUUUCUACAAAGCCAUGAGCUAGUUCAAGGGCUUGUUCGGAUACCCAUACAGCUAGACGCUUUCUGUCACUGCUGGGACCCGCAUGAUAAUGGAGGUCUUGAAGGGAGGCCACAUACGAUCACGACACUCUACCAGACCAUCCAGACGAGUCUAUGGAAGAAGGAUGCCGUUAGACUUGAAAGGACGCCGGCCAAGUCGUUGGAGACCGCUAGCCAGAAGUCCAUCGAAAAGACUAUUAAGGAAGAGCUGUAUUUCCUCGAGUACCUGGCUUUCGCUGGAAUGGCUGCUGACAAGGUAGAGUUCGGAAUCGAGGACCGGAAUGAGGCCCACGGAUAUCUCAAUCUCUCAUUCUCACUAGACGAGAACCUACCGCGCCUCUCGUUCCUCCGAACCUCGGACCCAUCAGCCAAACACGAGCACCAGCUCUAUCACUUCAUACACCUGACGUUCCAAGAGUACUUUGCCGCACAAUACUUUGUACGACAUUGGACAGCCAAAUCAAACUUGGAAUAUUUGGUUGUUGGGCCCAAAAUCAAAGAGGAAACCAUCUCUCCUGUUGAUUUUCUCCAAAACCACAAAUAUGACGCAGGAUACGAUAACAUGUGGCGCUUCGUUGCCGGACUGUUGGACGCCACAGACCAACGUCAGACAAGUCGCACUCAAUCAGAUCGAUCUGAGACAGCUCGCUUUUUCCAGGAACUUGAGAAGAAGCCAGUCGACCUUCUGGGACCUACACAUCAGCGGCUAGUCAUGCAUUGCUUAAGCGAGGCCACGUCUUUGCCAGACGAGUUUCGAGAGAGCAGAGAGAAUCGGCUGUUGAAAUGGGUACUAUUCGAAUGCGAUUACACAGACUCGUCAACCUUGGCAAUGGAAUCAGAGCUGCCAGACCAGGUACUAUGCACUGCAUUGAGUAGCUCUGAGGACCCAAGCGUGCUGUUGCGCGCCCUAGCAUCUUCUGGACGACAUUUGUCACAGACGAUCGUGGCUGUCCUCGCAGGACUCUUCAAACAUGAAGAUGAGAUGGUAAAAUACUACGCCGUUGUAGCUGCAGGCAGACAGUCGACAUUAUCAGAGGCGACCAUUAGUUUCCUAGUGGAACUUGUGAAAGAUAGUGAAGACGUGUGGUCCGCAGCUGAAGCUCUAGGGCAUCAGUCAAAGUUAUCAGAUAUAACCAUGAGUGCCCUCGUAGAGCUCUUCGAGGCUGAGGACGCGGUUAUGCGAUAUCAUGCUGUCUGCGCUCUAGACAAGCAGUCGUCCUUCGCAGAAAAAGUCUCAUCUGUCUUAAUAGGAUUCUUGGAAGAAAAGGACGCAGAUUUAGGUUCGGACGUCUCUUUGGAACUAAGGAGGCAGUCGACCUUAUCAAAGGCGAGCAUGACAGCCCUUAUAGAGCUUCUUGAGGAUGAGGAUGUUGAGGUAUCGGUAUUAAAAAACGUCCUUCAAGCUGUGGGUAUGCGUCCGAUGCUACCAGAGAGAACCACAACUGCCAUCACAGGGCUCUUCAAGCAUAAUGAUGAGGACAUACGAUCAUCCGCCACCGUUGCUUUACGAGAACAGAAGACAUUGUCAGACACGACUAUGGCUGCCCUUGCAGAACUUUUUAAGGACAAGUAUAGUAUGGUAAGACGGAACGCUGUUUUGACUGCGGGCGAGCAGUCAAUAUUGUCAGAGAAGACGACGCAGGCCCUUACAAAACUUCUCAAGGACGAAGACUGGGGUGUGCAACAAUACGCCGCUGAGGCUCUAGGCAAGCAAUCGAUAUCGCCAGAGACAACAUUGAUUGCUCUUAUAAAGCUCUGCGAGCACGAGUCCAGUGACGUACGAAGUUCAGCGGUUGAAGCUCUGUCGAACCAAUCAAAGCUAUCAAGAACUACUCCAGAACCGUUCAAGGAUGAAGACUGGAGGUUACGACAACAAGCGGUUCAAAUUGUGGAAAACCAAUCAACGAUACCAGAGAUAAUCAUGGCCGCUCUUGUGGAUCUCCUCAAGGAUACAGACUCUGGGGUUCGGCUUCUCGCCACAAAAGCUCUAAGCAGGCAUCCGAGACUACCAGAAAUACCUCUGAAUGCUCUUUUAGAACUAUUUCAGGAUAAGAACGAAGCGGUGCGAGAAAGCGCUAUUGAGGCCAUAAGCAAGCAGUCGACACUUUCAGAGACGGCUAUAAUUACUCUUACUAGUCUCCUUAAGGAUGGAGACUGGACCGUUAAAGAGAACGCCUUCAAGGCUCUAGGCAAGCAAUCGACACUUUCAGAGACGGCCAUGAUUGCUCUUAUGAGUCUCCUUAAGGACGAAGAAUCCCCGGUACGAAUUCAUGCCGCCAAGGCUUUAGGCAAGCAAUCGACACUUUCAGAGACGGCCGUGAUUGCUCUUAUGAGUCUCCUUAAGGACGAAGAAUCCCCGGUACGAAUUCAUGCCGCCAAGGCUUUAGGCAAGCAAUCGACACUUUCAGAGACGGCCAUGAUUGCUCUUAUGAGUCUCCUUAAGGAUGAAUACUUGCUGGUACGAAGAUCAGCCGCCCAGGCUCUAGGCAAUCAAUCGACACUUUCAGAGACGGCCAUGAUUGCUCUUAUGAGUCUCCUUAAGGACGAAAACUCGAGCUCACGAUGUACAACCUGGUUCUUUAGAGACGGAUACCACUUUCUCAAACGAAGCUACGCCGCCGAGGCUAUAGGAGACCAGCCGGAGUUGAUGGCCAAAAUUUUGGAAGCCCUAGAGUUAACGACACAAUCAAAAUCGCGGACUGAGAGCAGCACAUCUCUCCCCCGAACUUCGAAGCAUACAUGUAUGGAAUUUCUUUAUACGACUUGGCUGCGGCGAAGUUUCAAGGAACAGUUCAGUAUGUACAGUUGUGGAAACGAAUUGAAUAUCAACGAACCGUCUGGCCUCCGGGAAGCCAUUAUUGAGAAUGAGGACUUCUUUAGAGAUCUGAUUCUUGAAUGGCAGCGUUACUUGGAGAGAGUCACUGGCUAUGAUCUUUGGCAGCCAUUAGAUAAUGAGGAUGCUAAUGCUGAAGGGUUUUGUACAUAG